AUGUCUGGUACUGUCGUCGAGAAUCUUAGCAAUCGCAAAUUAUUUUAUAUUCUAACUACACUUCUAGUUACUCAGAUUUUAUUCUUUUUGAUUGGAGCUUGGUGUGCCCCAGUGCCAUCAUCUUCUAUGGAAUACGAGAUGAUAAGGUGUGUGGACCAAACUAGAGGUCAAACCAGCAAAUGGUUUCAUAUCCGUCCACGACGUUGUGAAAUCAUUGGGGACCUAUCUUCACGCAAUCCAACUUCAUUUGAUUUACGUGAAAUCGUUUUCGUAGCUCAAAUGCCACAUGUGAGAGGGCGUAUUCAACUCGAAUACUCACCUUGGUUCCAAUUUCUUCUUGGACUCCUGCAAGUAGAAGUAGAGUACAGCGAUGUGUUUCAAUACGUUCAUGGAGCUUUACUAGAACUGGAAGUGAGAAUGGGUUAUCGCACAAAUAACGAUGCCCCGGAUGUAUGGCACGAUCUGAUCACUACAAACAUCACUCGAACACUGGACUGCACAAUCUCACCAGAAAAGUCUAAUGGACACAUGUAUGAUUGCGAAGUGAUGGAUCUUUUCGAGAUGGGUUCCAAUAACUAUCCAUUUUAUCUAUUGAACAUUCGGAUACCAAUCAAUCAAUCUGCCUGCAAUGUUAAUCCAAAGCAUGCGAACUGCCAGAUUGGAAAAAUAACGAAUCUCCGUGUGGUGGCAAUUCAUCAGAACGGUGGUUUUACCCUUGUGUGGCUUUGGUUGAAAACUAUCGUUUUUCCUGUUGUUAUUGCAGCCCUUUGGUGGUACUGGAGUAGAGUUGAUAAGUUGGCUCGAAAACCCUUUCUUCUUGAAAAGGCCAUAAUCGCUCUUGGAAUAAGUUUGGCAAUUCUUGAUUUUCCAGUGGAAUGGAUUUCGCUUGUACUUCGUGUACCCUUUAUGUUGUUACUUGGAGAUAUUCGCCAAGGUGCCUUCUACGGAGUUCUUUUCGCUUUCUGGCUUAUAUUCGUUGGUGAGCACCUUAUCGACGACACCACGAGGAACAAUAUCGCUUCAUAUCGAUUCAAUUUAUUCUUCAUCUUUGUGGCGUCAUCUCUCUUAUUACUCUAUGAUAUUUGCGAACGAGGUUUUCAAUUGAACAAUCCUUUCUACAGUAUAUGGGCAAGUGAAACUGGAACCGUAAUAGCGGUAGUUGCAGUUUUUUGUGCUUCCAAUGUCCUUUACUUUGUAUUUCUGUUUGGAAAAAUCUGGAAGGUAUGGUUCACCAUUAAGAGUAAACGAUCUGCACAGCUCUACAAGAACUGUCAAAAUAGACGUCUGAAGGUUGAAUCCAUUAUCUAUCGAUUUAAAUUCCUAAUGUUGCUCACACUGACUUGUGCAGGUCUGACUAUUUCCUGUUACAUUAUGAAGCAGUAUGGAGAGGCGCAGAUUCACUCGAUUGAUCCAGAGGACAGUGUACUAACGCACAGUACGUCCGCUUUUUUUACUGGAACCUUUGGAAUGUGGAACAUUUAUGUCCUUCUGCUACUUGCUAUGUAUGCUCCGUCACAUAAAAGUCGUGCUGGUGCAGAAGAACUGGUCGACGAGAACGAAGGCUUAAUGGGUGGUACUUAUGAGUCUAAUGCGAUGACAACGUUCUUGAAAUCUGCUAGAGAUUAG